AUGGCGAGAAUUAGAGGAUGGUUCUUGGCAGUAUUGAUAGCACUUUUUCCAAAGGACUACGUGCAUGGAGGUUAAGUAUUUCUUGUUUACCGGUAUAUACGUAGCCAUUUAUAAACAAAUAAUUGAGCCAGUGUAAAGUAGAUUUUCGUUUUACUAAAAGUAAUCAGCGAAGCUACCGGCACUAAGAAAAACCAUUUAUUUGAGCAUUUUGCGGAAGGGAGUACUGCGGAUAAACAGAUUUAGGACAGGGCCUGUAUGAGCAAUCCGCUGAAAACAAAACGGAUAAUAUGGCCGCCAUGUUUGCAAACAAGGAGGCACUUCCAGAAUAAAAACGAUGCCAUUCUUUCAAGGGAGAACAACUGAUGAAAGCGGCGGCAAAUGUGGAGUCUGUUUCUUCCUUUUUUCAAAAGAAACGGAUUCUUUGUGAUUCGAAAUGUAAGUGUAGUUUCGCGUUUUAAUAGUGUUGCUUAUUUGCGUGGAUAUCAUCGACCAAUAUAGCAUCCAAAAACGACGCAACAGUCAUCUCGAUCCAUAUUUUGCUAUUAUUGUCUUGAUUUAUUUUAAGUUCUCCUUCAUUCAUUAUUUGAUGUCUAGAAUAAACAAACUCGACCACGAUCACCACCACCACGUGACAAUUUAUCAAUCCUCACGAGUAAGAAAAGAUGGCGCCUACAGCGAAUACGGUAUAUUCUAGUUGAGAAGAUAUUUCUCCGUUUCUGGUUGGCUUGAAUCGACCAGCGAAUUAUUUAUACCCAGCUAGCGCUGAACAAAUUUAUAAGAUUUACGUCAAGUAUCCAAAGAUGUUUCAAUUAUCCGACGAUUUACGACAAUGGACGACAGAAAAAAUAUUAAAAAAUGACGACAGAAGAAGAAGAAACAUCCGUUCGUAUCCUAACUCUGUCAAGAAACUGGGCUAAUAGCAGGGGCACCCCACGAGAAUAUAGUUCAAAACCACUUAAACAUAGCAUUGUUAGACGUAUUUUAGUAUUUAAAUGGUAUAUAUAGGCAUAUUUUUAUUCCCUAAAAAUUCUUCAUCUGUUCGGAUAUCCUAUCUGAAAGUCUAGUGAUCCGAAAAUUAUAGGGAUCAAAACUUACCUUUUCGAAAAUUUCAGCCAGAGAAAAGGCUCCCAAAAAGUCUAGGUGACCUUUUUAGGGUAAAAAUUCGUUAAAAAUGGGCGAUUAUACCAUUUUUUAGGUUUUCGAAAAUCCUAAGAGAGGCAGGGAAGUAAGAAAUUUUACAAAAAAUGUUCCGAAAAUUUUAGAUCUCAAAUCGUCUUCCGAACAGAUAUUUUCCGAAAAGUGACGUUGGGUGCCCCUGUAAUAGUUUGAACAGAUUCUUUGCAGAGGUUAAAGUUAUGAGCUAGGACAUAUUUUAAAUAAAAAAGUAAUAAAACACUAUCUUACUGCGUGAUUCGGGUUUCGACCGAUGUUAGGCUCGAUUGGCUGGUUAUCACGUAAUUUUAAAGCACUCGUGUAAAUCUGACAAAACAAUUUGCUAGAAAUUUAAUGCGAUUCCAUUCCAUCACAAUCCCGUUGCAAAACUGCGCAUGCGCACUUGUUUGCAAACCCUUGGCUUUGGCUUUUUCAGUUCAAUCACGCAUAGCACACUGCAGUGGGCAUGACCAAGAUUUGCGCACAGAGAUCUUAGAUUGCCAUCAAAUUCACCUCAAAAACCAACAUUUUAACAAUGACUUACCGACUUAAUAGACUACAAACUGGAAUUUAGCAGCCAUAACGUUCAAACAAUAUCACCUAUGACGCUUUGAAACGUUCUAUCAGUGGUUAAAAUGUCUUCCCUGUAAUUGAUUAUAUUGUUUUGCCCUUUUUUUUAUAGCUCAACUUAGGAAAAUUAAUGAAGUUGGUCAUCGGCCAAUCCACGGUUUCUUCUGCGGUGAUCAAACAACCGAAAUAUAUUUAGCAGUUUGUUACGGCUAUCAUUAUGACGAAAGCAAAACACACAGUAAGUACCUAAGGAGUGUACUCUGCCAUUCGCAUAAGACAACAUUUUGGAAUUCGAUUUUUCACAGAUCGGAUGUGGAGCGAAUUAAUAGUUGUAAAAUUUGUGAAUUAUUCAUUAAGUUCAUGACAAAUUUAUAGGUAUUAAUUUAGUUAUAUGAAAAUCUCUGUAAACGGUCUUAACACAAAUACAAAUAAACUAUAACUAUAACAGACCAUUUCACAAUUUUGCAUCUUUCUAAUAAGAAAGUAAGGUGACGAGAAUCUAACGGAGAAAUUUUCCGGCAUUCACCAAAUUUUAAAGUCAGAGCGGGGGGGGGGGGGGGGGGGGUACAAGAUAUAUCACAAAAGUAAAAAAAAAAAAAAAAAAAUAAAAAACAAAAAAUACACUAUUACAAAAUUAUACUUAUUAAACAAAAAAAAAAAAGGGAGAGACAAAAAAGGGGAGAUUAUUUGGUUCUUAAAAAAAAAAGUAAGGGGGGGGGGGGGGGGGGGGGGGGGGGGGUACUGCCAUAUAUGGGCUAUAUAGGUAUGUGCCGCUGUGAAGGGUAUGGUUUUCAAGCAGUUUACUCUAGGGUAGGGUAUAUAAAUCAGAGCGUUUGGGUCUAGAAUAGGGUAUCAUUUUUCAGGAAACUGAUCAGUUGGUUGAAGAUUUUAUCUAGACAAGGGAAAUAGCUACUCUAGGAUAGGGGGGAUUUGGGGAGUUUACUCUAGUAUAGGGUAGUAAAAUUCAGCUGAACUAGCUCUGGUAUAGGUUAAGGGUUCCAGGGUCCCAGCGGCACAUCCCCACCCAGAAAUUCCUAAAGUACCCCCCCCCCCUCCUGGGAGUCAGAGGGGUUAUAUCUUCGCCGUGGCAUACUCAUGUCUCGUUAUUUCAAGGCACACUUUCCCUCACACAACUGUCAAUUACUCUUCCAAAUUGCGUUAUUUUCCCAAUCAGUUCUUGUACUACUUACCAAACUGAUUAAACAUAAUUUGUUCACCUGAGUAACCAACGGAAACAAUUGCAUUUAAGCUCGUUUAUUUGCCUUUUCACAGGGUCAGUUAUGGUCGAUGAAAAAGAAGCCAACAAUUUUCUUCAUCGAUUAAGGAGAUCUAGCUCAUCCACAAACAUAGUAGAAGAAUGUUGUAUUGAAGGAUGCCAUAUGGAGGAGGUCCGGGAGUAUUGCUGA